GGUCACUCCGCCCUCUUCUCCCCUGUCCUGCAAACGGAGGCAUGGCGAGCACGGAGAACAGGAGGGAGUGUGAGACUGAAGGCUGCAACAAGGACGCCAAACUUCAGUGUCCGACAUGCAUCAAGCUCGGGAUCCAAGGCUCAUACUUCUGCUCGCAGGAAUGUUUCAAGGGAAGUUGGACAUCUCACAAGUUGCUGCACAAGAAAGCAAAGGAAGACAAGAGUCAGACUGAAGAUAAGAACUGUGUGGAGAAGGACACCAACACAGACCCAUGGCCGGGAUACCGUUACACAGGAAAGCUACGCCCGCACUACCCACUGACUCCAAUGAGACUUGUUCCAGGUGACAUCCAAAGACCCGACUAUGCUGAUCAUCCCAGAGGGAUGUCUGAGUCUGAGCAGUUCUUGAAAGGGACGUCUCAGAUCAAGAUCCUCUCCCCUGAGGACAUCGAAGCCAUGAGGCUGGUGUCCAAGCUGGCUCGAGAAGUCCUGGACAUCGCGGCCAUGAUGGUGAAACCAGGGGUGACGACGGAGGAAAUCGACCACGCUGUUCACCUGGCCUGCGUAGCCAGGAAGUGCUACCCCUCCCCUCUGAACUACUAUAACUUCCCCAAGUCCUGCUGCACGUCCGUCAACGAGGUGAUCUGCCACGGCAUCCCGGACAGAAGACCACUGGAGGACGGAGACAUCCUCAACGUGGACAUCACAGUCUACCACAACGGUUUCCAUGGCGACCUGAAUGAGACCUUCUUCGUGGGCGAGGUGGACGAAGGAGCGAAGAGGCUGGUGCAGACGACAUACGAAUGCCUGAUGCAGGCCAUCGACUCCGUGAAGCCGGGCGUUCGCUACAGAGAGCUGGGGAACAUCAUCCAGAAACACGCUCAGGCUAGCGGCUUCUCGGUGGUCCGGAGCUACUGCGGCCACGGCAUCCACCGGCUGUUCCACACCGCUCCCAACGUGCCGCAUUACGCCAAGAACAAGGCGGUGGGAGUGAUGAAGCCGGGUCACGUGUUCACCAUCGAGCCCAUGAUCUGUGAGGGUGGUUGGCAAGACGAGACGUGGCCCGACGGCUGGACGGCCGUCACCAGGGACGGCAGGCGGUCAGCCCAGUUCGAGCACACGCUGCUGGUGACGGAGACGGGCUGUGAGAUCCUGACCCGCCGCCUGGAGGACCACGGACGGGCUCACUUCCUGAACCAGAUGUAGGCUCCAGCGGAGCCGGCAGCGCACGGACCGGACCUGUUCCAGAACCCCAGAACCUCUGGGUCUCUGACUCAACCUUCACUCCCAACUCCACUGAAGACGCGUCACUUCGAGAGCCCAGUGGGGGGGGCAGGCGGUUCUGUCGGCGCCGGUUCCUCGAAUCAAACAGAAGUACUUGAACACGUCUGGUGUGAGAAGGCCGCUUCGUUAGUCCGAAACGGGUCCGGAUCAGGAGAGCGGCUCGGCCGGAACCAUCGUUCUGCUCUUUUCUGUCAGCCCGCCGCCGCCAGAGAUGAGCCGGACCGGAUCCGCACCGCUGAGACCAGAACCGGACCCGCCCACCAGAACUUAGAGGAAUUCAGCUGGUACGGCUCAGAGCUGAUCUGGGCCGCACCAGCUGCCUUCCUGGACAGAAAUCCUGAGUGAGUCGGAUCAGGAAGGUCCGGACCGAGUCGAUUAUUCUACCAAAUAACAUCGCUGUUAAAACUCCGGGUUUUUGUUGCUCAGCUUUAAGUCUUCGGACAGGAGAAAGGUUCUGUUUGUGACGAGCAGCAGUAGAACCGGGCCGGGCGGGUUCUGAGCGACAGCUGCAGCUUUAAAGUAUUUAAAUCAAAAACACAAACGUAUUCGGUGGCGUCUGAUGUAACGUGUUUGACCUCAGCAGGAGGCUGGUAGUAGAACCACGGGGGGGAGCAGAACCGGGUUUGGGCUUUAAGAUCCGGUCCCGCCUGGCUGCCGAGCCUCGGCGGAACGGGGAGGACGCUCUCCUUCCUGUUCACCUUUGACCCCCCGCCCCCCCCUGCUGUCAUCGUUGUUUCUCUGCACUCUUUGUACUUCUGAUGGCGUAAUAAAGGACUCUUCUGUAGCUCCGUGUGGCUGAUUGUCUGCGACCCGCCGGGUUCUCCAGAACCUUGGCUCUAAAUGUCCGCCUCCCGACCCCACCUGCUGCUGGUAGCAGAUGAGGAAACGAUGGCGGCUCUUCUUUGAUGAAGAAGGCGCUCGGCGGCUCGGUUACCCGGUGGACUGAUUAGCAUAGUCAUAGUCAAUAUCCGUUUAUCUCUUUAAUUUUGUACGAAAAAUAAACUUUAAACUCCCUGAAUGGGCGUGUUUCCCUUUAUUCAUGUACAAUAAAAACUAUUUAAUUACUUUUUGGUGUUUUUGGAAGCAUAUCGGGAUCUGACCUUAAAUCGUUUGGUUUUUUUGUACAAAACUAAAGGGAUAAACGCAAAUCUGACGUGUUAUUCGUGCGCAUUGACUAUAGGUAUGCUAAUCUGACACCGGCCCUGAAGACUUGGACGACUUUCAUCAUUUCUCACACAGCAGCAGCUUAGCAGUGAAGAUGGAACCAUUUUUAAUUCCCUAAAGAAUUAUUAUUGCUUUAUUUUCACAUCAUCAUUUUACUUGAAGUGAUUUAAUUGCCUUAAUUUUGGAUUCUGAUAUAUUUGAAUCUGUUAAUGUUGAUGUGAAAUUAAAUUGAAUAAAUACAUUUAAAA